CAGGCAGGGUGCAGGGCUGUGCACUUGGUGGACGGUCCCUUGACGCGCCUGGAGCCGGAGGCGCAGAGCGCAGCCGCUUCCCCGGGUCACUCAGUGCAACAUCACCACCGCAUGAAUGACAGCGCACUCGGUCGACGGAGGGAAACACUUCGCACCACACACCUCGGAUAAACUGCGCGUCCGUUAGAGCCGGAUUAUCACCUUCAUCCACCACCACCACCUUCAUCACCACCACCACCACCACUACCACCUCGUCUCGCUUUACGCAUCGAUCCUCAGCCCUGACAAGCACCGGAGCAGAAAUGUCACCGUGAUGUUCCAGCCUCCAUCUUUCCCGCAAUAAAACCGAGAAGAGAUGACCGGCUGGUAGAGCUGACAGCAGUGGAGCUGACGGUAAAUGAGAGGCCGUCACCAUGCCCCCAGGGAAGUAUGGGAUGCAGGAGGAAUGGGAGAAGGAGGGGGACCAGGGGAUCAUGAUGGACUUCCUGCUGCCUACUGGGAUCUUCCUCAAAUUCCUUGUGUCUCGAAAUGACACCAUCAAAAGCAUCAAGAAGAUGGUUUGGAAAAAUGCCAGAAGCGAGGCUCUGUUCGCUGCACUCGGCGAUCCCGAUGCAUACGUCUUCACCUGCAUCAACCAAACAGCAGAAAGGGAAGAGCUGGAGGAGGAAUCCAGGCGUAUAAGUGACGUUCGGCCCUUCAUGUGUGUUCUGAGGCUGGUGGCGAGGGAGGGCGACCGUGUGGAGAAGCUCACCAACACACAAAUCAGUCUAUUAAUUGGAAAAGGUCUGCAUGAGUUUGAGGCUCAGAAGAACCAUGAGGUGAACGAGUUCCGGACAAAAAUGCGAAUGUUUUGCGAAGAAAAGGCUCUGGACCGGCAGCGGUUGCCAUGGCAGCAGUGGAUGGAGUACAGCUUCCCGUGUGACCUGGAGCCGUGCUGCUCUCCGCCAGAGUGUGGGAACGCCAAGUCAAAAAACACCAAGAAGCUCUUCAUCAAUGUCAAGUUUGAGGCUUCUGAUGAAAGUUUCAUGCUGCAGCAGGACCCUCAGGACCUGCCGGUGGCUCUGAUUAGGAGCGCUCUGAAGAAGAAGGCCACGGUGUUCCGCUCAGUGCGGCAGGAGCCAGAGGACUACACCCUCCAGGUGAACGGGAGGUGGGACUUCAUCUAUGGGAGUCACCCCCUGUGCCAGUACAAAUACAUUUUCUUCUGUUUAAGAAACGGCCAAAACCCUCAUCUGACCAUGGUGCACCACUCCACCAUCAGCAAAUACCAAGAGGAGCAGGGCCAAAUGUGCAACCAGGUCUUCAAGAGCCGCUCGCUGUCCAGACCUCCUCCGCUGCCGCUCAAGAAGCAGAAUACCUCUUCUCUGUGGUCCAUCAAUGAGCCGUUCUACAUUCAGCUGCUGCAGGGCAACCGAGUCAAUGCAGACGAAGGAAUGAAGCUGGUGGUUCAGGCCGGUCUGUUCCACGGCAGCGAACUGCUCUGCAAAGUGGUGACGAGCUCGGAGGUGACAGUUUGCUCUGAGCCGCUGUGGGACCAAAAACUGGAGUUUGACAUCAACGUGGCCGACCUGCCUCGUAUGAGCCGCCUGUGCUUCGCUCUCUACGCUGUCAUUGAGAAAGCCAAGAAGCCCCGCGGCACCAAGAAGAAAAAUAAAAAAGCUGACUGCCCUAUCGCCUGGGUAAACACCAUGGUGUUCGACUACAAGGACCAGCUGAAGACCGGGGAGUUCCUUCUGUCCACAUGGCCGUCUGUUCCUGAUGAUAAAAGCGACCUGUUGAACCCGAUGGGGACGGUGGAGAAGAAUCCAAACGUAGACAGCGCUGCCGGGCUUCUCAUCCGCUUCCCCAACAUCCGACAACAUCCCCUCUAUUACCCUCCACUCGAAAAGAUAAGUGAUAUGGAGAAGAACGGUGAUGCAUCUUUCUACAGUAAAGAUGAAUACAUGAAGCUGAAAGAAAUCAUGGACAACAAAAACUACACUGAGUUUUUCGAGGAUGAGAAGGAGCUCCUGUGGAAGCUCCGCUCCGUCGUCCGAGACCAUUACCCUGAAAGUCUGUCCAAGCUGCUUCUUAUCACCAAAUGGAACAAACGUGAGGAUGUAGUGCAGAUGGUGGGUUUACUGAGGAACUGGCCAGAACUUCCUGCCAUCCACGCCUUAGAGCUCCUAGACUACAGUUUUCCAGACCCAGCUGUGCGAUCGUUCACUAUCAGAUGCCUCAGGAAACUCAGUGAUGGUGAACUGUUGCAGUACCUGAUCCAGCUGGUCCAGGUCCUGAAGUAUGAGUCUUAUCUGGACUGUGACCUCACCACUUUCCUGCUGGAGAGGGCUUUAUCCAACAGGAGGAUCGGUCACUUCCUCUUUUGGCAUCUCAGGUCAGAGAUUCACGUUGCGUCUGUCAGUUGCGUUUUUGGCCUGAUUCUGGAGGCCUACUGCAGGGGAAACAUCCACCACAUCAAGCUCUUAACCAAACAGAAUGAGGCCUUGGGCAAAAUGAAGGCCUUGAGCGACUUUGUCCAAAUCUGGCUCGCAGAAGAUGACGGCGGAGGAUCUGAAGCUGUGCAUCAGACAGGAGUCGUACGUGGAGGCUCUGUCCGACCUGCUGUCCGCCUCUUAACCCCAGCAUCAUCCCUCGCCGAGAUCUGUGCAGAUAAAUGCAGGUUUAUGGACUCCAAGAUGAAGCCACUCUGGAUGAUGUACAGGAAUCCGUUUGUUCAAGGAGACAUGGUGGGGAUCAUCUUCAAGAACGGAGAUGAUCUUCGACAAGACAUGCUGACCCUACAGAUGAUCCAGCUCAUGGAGAAUUUAUGGAAAAAAGAAGGUCUGGAUCUCAGGAUGAUCCCAUAUGGCUGUUUGUCCACGGGGAACAAAAUGGGGCUCAUUGAAGUUGUAAAGAACUCGGACACCAUCGCUAAUAUCCAGCGUAACAGCAGUAACAGUGCGGCCACCGCUGCCUUCAACAAGGACGCUCUGCUCAACUGGCUGAAAUCCAAGAAUCCUGAGGAGAAGCUGGAAAAAGCAAUAGAGGAGUUCACUCUGUCGUGUGCUGGCUACUGUGUAGCUACUUACAUCCUGGGCAUCGGAGAUCGUCACAAUGACAAUAUCAUGAUCAGGGAAACUGGACAGCUGUUCCACAUUGACUUUGGGCAUUUCCUGGGCAACUUCAAGCGGAAACUAGGGAUCAACAGGGAGCGUGUGCCUUUUAUUCUGACAUAUGACUUUGUCCAUGUGAUCCAGCAAGGAAGGACGAACAACAGUGAGAAGUUUGAGAGGUUCAGGGAGUACUGUGAGCGAGCCUAUAAGAUCCUGUGUCGGAACGGGACGCUGUUUGUCAACCUGUUCGCUAUGAUGAAGGCAGCGGGACUGCCUGAGCUCACCUCCUUCAAAGACAUCCAGUAUCUGAAGGACUCUUUAGCUUUGGGCAAAUCAGAAGAUGAGGCACUGAAGAAUUUCAAAGUGAAGUUUAAUGAAGCUCUGCGGGAAAGCUGGAAGACCAAGGUGAACUGGAUGAUGCACUCCUUGGCCAAAGAUAAUAGACCGUGAAGAACACUGAACCAAGGGAACCUAAGGACCAACCAAAAAUGAUGGAUUUUAACUUAUAGAGAUUAAAGGGAAGCAACGCAAUCACAUAUUUUACUAAUCUGAAGGCAUUCCGAGAAACUCAAAUGUUUACAUUCGAACCGGCCAGUUUGUAGGACAGAACAACUAAGUGAAGGAUAAUCCAUCACACUCAUCUUUCAUCCAUUAAACAACAGGAUAUGGUUUUUUUUUUGCCUUUUGGACUUAACAGCAAAGUGAGAAACUUUCUGGUGUGUUGAAACCGCUACACAAAAACAUCCUGCUGAUGCUCGAGUAUCAUGAAUCACAGAAGCCAAGGCAGAACGCUCGUAUCACUCAGCAAAGAAAACUGCAAACAAACAUGACACGUUCAUCGACAAAGCUGAGUGACGGAGCAGCAGUUUGACUUAAAAGACUUUUCUAUGGUUUACGCCCCUUAGUGGCUGUGGUAUCGCCUCUCAUUUCACCUGCCUCUUUGCAGUUGUGUCUUUUUUUUUUUUAUUGUGUUUUAUUUAAUUUGAUAACUUUAAAACAAUUGUACAAACACACGGUAGAAUAUUUUUUAAAGGACUCUCUGUUAUCAUGCUAUUUAAUAUUGCCUUGAAGUAAAGAUUGUUGCCUUUGCAGUGCCAGUAAAAGGGAAGCAAGUACGGUGGGGAAGGGAUUUUUAUUAAAAAAAUAAUAUGAAAAAAAUUCAAAACACCCACCAAAACCAGGAGAUACACUUAAAUAAUGCAACAUCUCCGGAUAAAAAUGAUCUCAGGUGACAAAAUGAUAUAGAUGCUGUUCUAUAAAUCAUGUUAAACUGGGGCCCAAUAAUCAGACACUUUAAAUACAUGCAGAUCUAAUAGACAAUCUAUGAACACAAGCCAUAGAAGUAUGGUUGUGCCUCUCAAAAUGUAUUAUUGUACACGUGGCCCUUUUAAAAAUGUAAAUCCUGGACUAUGUGUACUGUUUCAGAUGAUGCAGUAAGUGUGUUUGUGUGCUGAUGUGUGUGCCAGUGUUGUAUUCAGAUAUUUAAGUUACGCACUGAUUUUCAUUGCUUUGUUUUAACCGAUGAUGUGCCAGUUGCCAUGAGAGAGAUUUCACGCUUUCAGUGUUAAACACCUCAAUACUUUGACAUUAUCUACUCCUGUGUAGAUAAAUGAGCCAGUGAUUUAGUUUAAUGGUGUGGUGAGAUAGGGCUGGGCGAUACGGCCUUAAAUGUUGUCAUCAGUGAAUAUUGAUGAGUAUCAUAGUAAAUGCCAAGUUUCUUCUUAGUGUAAAGGCUGAUUUUUUUUUUUUUUUACAUGAAGGCAGGUUGAAGAAACCAGAGGGUUAUUAGUGGUUUUAGACAAAUGAUGUAAUGUAGUGAAAAUAAUGUUAAAGGUGUAACAAGACAAACCAAGACAUGACAAGGUUUUUAAAAAAAUUAGGUUUUAAAGUACUUUUUGUGGUUAGAAGGUGCUAAAUACAUAGCAAAACUUUUAUCAUAUUAUAAUGAAAAUGUUCAUAUCUGGCAAUAUUGAUAAUUACCACAAUGAAUGUAAAAUUGUGUGUAAAUGCCAAAGAUAAAGGGAUGACUUUUUAUCCUGAGUGAAAGAUGAAAAAACUAGAUGAAUUAGAGGGUUUUCUAAAAGAUGUAACAGUAUGAAAACGAUACAAAAGACACAAGUCGUAACUAGAUGAACAUACAUGUAGUCUUGGAUUUAACAAAAUGAGUGGCAUCUUAUUGAAGAAGGCAAAACGAGGUACUCUAUGGUCAGAAAAUACAAGACAAAUACUCGCUGAGCAGCAAAACCUUUCAGUUAUCUAAAAGUAGAACACUCUAAACAAAUAUAAUGAUUAAUAGAUUUUACUUGUGUAUUAUAAUUCUGAGAAAACAGCGUUAAAAUUAAACAAAACAACAAAACUUUGAAACAUUUCGAAUUGUUUUUGCAUAUAAUGUAAGGGAAAAUAAAUCCUAAAGAAUAAUAAUCACUUCAAAAUGCAAUAUAAAAAUACUUUGCAAUAAUUACUGUUUUAUCGCCCAGCCCUAUGAACAGAUUACAUGUGUUAUAUCCUGUCAGUCCUGCGAGGACCACUUGAAUAGAAGCUGAUGUAAGAAUGCUUUUCACGAUGGAGACUUUUCAAUGGGACCUGUGUGACGUUAACUUCUACAGCAAGAAGAUUUAUAUACCUUAAGCUAUUGAAACAUACAGUAGAAUAGAAUAUAACUAUGGGUAAUAGAUGCUCAUCAGUUCAGGCUCAGAUUAACCCAUUGCUGCUUUAAGUCAGGAGGUCAGAGUCUGUGCGUUUAUAGCUACUUGUGUAAAUUGUAAAGUUACUGCUGUUGCCUUUUAAAUGGAUUGUAUUUCAUGAAUUCUGUCACAAGGUACAAAGGUUUUGAGUCUCAGGCCUGACUUACAUCUGUGCAGCUACAACAGUGAAACUGCUGUGUCAUUAUGGGUCUGACGUGGACCAGUUGUUCAUCUGCAUCCUGUUUUUACAUUUGCUUCACUCGCUGUUGGAGGGAAACACGUUCAAUAAACAGUUUGCCCAGUGAGGCAUACUGGGAGCUCUAA